AUGCCGCUCCUAGGAAAUCGACUCCACGUUUUGAACACAAUUGUCAAGAAAUCGAAGAAGAACGUCGAAUUUACACCUUCAUUUAAGUUUAUUGUUCCAGACACAAAGGAAAUAUGUUCUUCCGAAGAUGAAUUGAUACGGAAAACAACAUUGUACGAAUCUAAGAUAUGGACUUGUAGAGUUACCGGCCGGGCAAAUCUGACUUACAAAGAAGCUCUCAAAUCAGAACAUAUUAGUUUGAAUCUCUUGAAAAAAUCGAUAUCGGACCAUUACCGCUCCGUUAUUUUACAAAUUGUUCACAAAACUCUUAGAAUUCGCGCAACCGUUUUAAGUAUUGAUGAUGCUGCUGACAAACCGUUGGUUAUUGACCUAUCAAAAGACGAAACCAGUUCGCCUAACAACAGUGACAAGGAAAAUAAUGUGAAUGCCAGACGACCCACCGUGACCAAAGACAAUUUCUCAUACAGUGUUCAGUUGGUGUCUGAUGAACUUGUUAAUGUCAAUAAUGUGCCUGCUAAGUGCAUACAGCGUGUUCAUCGUGCUCCAUCAAAAGAUCACAUCAGGAUGUUUAUCCGUGCACACGCUAUGCGAUAUGGUCCAUCUUCAAGUGGUCCCUGGGUCGUUGAUCCCUCUGCUCUUCGAAAAUACUGUCCUACUCUCAAAAUGACUAAUAGCCUUGUUGACAAGGAUAAGCUGAGACUCGUUUCUGAGACGUAUGAAAUGAAAUUUUACGAAAAGAUAACGAAUGAAAAAAAUAAAGGACAUGAUCCUAAUUGCGAGACAGCGAUAAAACUUUCCCCAAAGACUCUAAGGAUUUUCAAGAAUUUGUCGGCGCUUCGCCCUGAUUCUCUCAAAAGUCCUGACGAGGCAGCGUCUGUGAAACCAAAAGAGACUCUUGACGGGAAAUCAAGGAGAAUGAAGCAGGCCAUACUUCCAUUCGAAAAGUCAAUGGAGUUUCCAACCUCUGGGAGGAAGAGCAAAUCGGACAUAUCACCCAAAUUUGAUGUCAGUCUUCCACCUAUCGCUAAACGUCUUGUUCGAAGCCUUAAAGGAAAUGUGGAAGCAAACACUCUUAAAGUGAUUGUUUCGCGAUGUGUUUCACUUCUUACUGAAGCUCAAAUUCGGGCUCUCCCUGAUGUUGCUCAAAAGCUUGUUAUUGAUAAGAAGAUUGCUAUUGAAAAUCGCAAAAAAAUGCAAAACAUGACUCCCGAACAGCAAAAGGCCUAUCUUCGAGAUCUGCGCUUACAGCGUCGCACACUGAUUGAUGAAAACGCACCCUACCCCGAGACUGGUGUUCAGAUCGCUGCACUUCCUGAACCUCGUGCUUUCCCACUACCUUUAAACAUGACCUCCCUGCAGUUCAGCCGCAUUCUCAGUUUCACUGAAUUCAUCGCCUGCUAUCAGCCUCUCCUAACGGAAUCUGCCCUUUCACCCGGGGAAAUGCUUUAUCCCACUCGCUUAAAGCAACUUGCAACUGAUCUCUGCUCCUCUAUGCUAAACAUUGGGGAGGAAGAAUUUACGACGGAUGUGGAGGAGGAGUCUGCUUUGACAUCAACUGACGCUGGGCUUCCUAGGGCAUCUAUCCAAGGGAUUCGAUGUCUCAGUUUAGAUCGGGUGCUCAGAGCCGUGAGCGAACAGCGCAUGUCUGCCACGGCCUAUCGGUGUUUGGCUCGGCCUAUGGGCUCACUGCUGCGUUUGCUAUUUUUUAGUGAGCAGUUUUCUAAACAAACUGAAUUGGGUAUCCAACUCUCUAAAAUUCCUAUCACACCCUACACGGCUCCAGAACUCCUACGUCUACUGUUGCAAUACGAAUUGGCAAAUGGCACAUGUUCAACAAAUGACCGGGCUGUAGCUCGUAUUUACCAGUCCAUCCCCAAUCGUGGUGGUGUACGCGAAUUGCUACCCUCCGAGGACGGUCUCGGUGCUGCAAGCCUUAUUAAGCACCUAUCCUCGGCCGAUUUGUUUGCAUUGGAUGUAGAGCACCGUAUUUUAGCCAUUGAAGUCCUCAUUGAACUUAUGCUCGAUUUUGACACAAUGGAUGAAUAUAUGCACUUGUGCAACAGGAGGGCCAUUAAGGCGUGGCAGACCCGCCUAGCGCUGACCAAGCAGAAAAGGACAGUUAUUCCACCGGAACUAGCUGAAGCUAAGUUAACCAUUGAAAAAGGGCCUGAGUCAGACGACCUGGCUUCGAUCGUUAAAAAUCGUCGAGUCCUGGCUGCCAAGGCCGCUGAAGAACGCGAAAUUCGUGAAGCGAAAGUGCGAGAAAGACGUGAGUUGGAGGCAAAGAUUGAUGCUGAGGAGAAAGCUCUGGCCAAAGCUGAAUAUGAACAUACAGUAGCUUCCACCGAGGCCAAAUUAGCCUUUCGCGUGAGCGCUCUCGGUACCGAUCGCCGUGACCGUCGCUAUUGGCGCUUCUUCUGUGCACCAAAUCGCCUCUUCGUCGAGUCCAAUUGGGCGCCUGAGGAGUACCAUGUUGGAGAUAGUCUCAUAAAAGAACCAUCUGUUGUUGCAGCAUUUCCUCCGUCUCAUACUUUUCCCGAAGGUCUCGGUAACUACGAGAUAGUUCAUCGUUUUGGUUACGCAGCGCGUUCGCAGUGGUAUGUUCUGGAUCAGCUAGAUGAGUUGGACGCCUUAGCUAGUGCUCUUGUUGAAAGAGGGGCACGGGAGAGUCAGUUGAGGAAGAACCUUGUUCAGUCAGGCCUCCUGGACAGCGUGAAAGAGUUGAUCAUGCUGUCGAGAGUUGAGGUAAACCAUGGCUCGGAGGAAAAAAAAAGUCCUUAUCUCCUGUCAUCUGAUGGAGCCGUUAUCAAAGGAGCGACUGCUGAAGAUCGUGGUGAUGCCGAAGCUUUUCUCGCCAAUGUUCUUCUCAAAAAUGUCUACGAAACUGAAAUCCAUCUUCGUGACGGCGGCCUCGGGGGCGUUCCGGAUUUUCCCUCUUGGAUGGCAAAUCUCCUUGCAAUUCAGGCCAAAUAUGGGCUCUGCUUUUCUCUCACUGGUAGUGUUCCAUCAACUCCGGCAAAGGAGGGUCCUACUGGUGAACCUGCCCCUUCUACUACUCCUGCGGUCUCUAUGAUAUCUAAGACGCCCCUGCGGUGUGCAGCAGAAGCUCUUGUGGCUGUGGGUCAGCACGUUCACCGCCGCUUCUUAGGUGUACCUAAAUUAAGGUUACACCAAACAGCCAAACGUCGUGGGGAGACUAAUCUUGAUGGAGUCAGUCAUGAGAACGCUGAACAGAUAACUGAGGAGGAAAGUCACAAGGUGGUUACCGAAGCAGAAGGCGCGCAUGAGCAACGGCAUGAGACUACUGAAUUCGAGAAGAACCGCUUACACGAAGGUGAUGUGGAGCUUUGGUUGGACGCCUGGGUCAAGGCUGUUCGCUCUGCUGCUACUCUCUCUCGACUAAACGUUCUACAUGCAUGUCUGGACGCUUGUAUUCUGUGGGAAAAAUCAGUAGCCAACGUUCGUUGUCGUAUUUGCCGUCGCAAUAAGGACGAUGACAGUCUGUUGCUCUGUGAUGGUUGCAACUCUGGUUUCCACCUUUAUUGUCUCCGUCCGCCACUACACUCUAUUCCCAGUGGUGACUGGUUCUGUGUUUCCUGCAAACCGCCCAGUUACUCCGGAGCUGCCGGUCAGCAGAGGCGCAAUCGCCGAGAGGCCUUUGAGGCUUCGGACAGCGAAGAGGUGCGGAGCAGCGCAACAGAUUCCGAUGAGGAGAGCUGCUCCUCUGGAAGGGAGGAGGAGGGAGACAUUGGCUCGCGGGGGAGGCAACAGCGUUCUCCCAGAAUCUCAUCCCUGAAUUCGGCGCCAAAUGACACUAUUUGUCUAGUUUGUGAUGAUGGUGCAACGGAAGGGGAUGAGUUGGUAGACUGCUCCACUUGUCCCAACGCAUUUCAUCCAAACUGCCACAACCCGCCUCUGCGCUCGGCGAAUCGACGCGCACCCUGGGUGUGCUCUGUGUGCCGCGUCAGUCGCUCCGUUUCAGGUGGUCUCUCCGCCAUGGGACAGUCGCUCCGCCUCCGUGCUUCUAGCCGGAUAAAUCGCAAAAGCAGCUAUCUGCGACUUCAUCGAGUCUCGGCGACAUCGAAGAAGCGGCCUCGCCCGGGUUCUGAUGAUGAUGAUGAUGAGAGUUCUGAUGGGUCGGAUGACGUUUCUAGAGAGGAGGAGGAGAUAGCAAACGACACCGAGACGACUGAAGAACAGGCGGAUGAGCGAGGACUAUUUGGUCCACCAGCUAAGCGUCCCCGGAUUACGGCACAGUUUACCUGUGCUGAUCUCAUAACUGCUGUGCGACGGCACCGAAGCUCAUGGCCAUUCCAAGAGCCUGUUGACCCGAAGGAGGUACCUGACUACUAUGAGAUAGUGGUGGAUCCCAUAGACCUUUCAAUGAUAAACAGUUGGCUUAAGAACGGCCGUUACGAAGGUGCCGAGGGUCCACAGUUCCUCUCUGAGGACCUUGCGAAAAUGUUCUUCAAUGCCGAACUCUACAACAGUGCAGACUCUGACAUCUGGAAGGCUGGGUCACAUCUGGAGAACUACGUACAAUCCCUCUUCAAAAAAUUUUCCCCACCCGUGAGCUACAAGCGCGACAAAUUGAACUGA